GAGCUCUGUCUAGAAGGGAGAAGGUUUUUUCUCUUUUUUAACAGGUGACAGCAAGAUUUUAGAGAGAAUAAAAGCUUUUGAAGUUUGACGCUCCGCUACAAACCAUGAAUUAUUGAGGGUUAUUUUGCUUCAGUGUGACGUUGCAAUAUAACAACCAAAACUUUAGAUUUGUAUUGAAAUACAUUUUGUUCAGAUGAAUCCUAAGAGCUUAAGGGAUAAAGAAACUGUUUCCUCAGGACUUCUUUUCCAAGAGGCUUCUUCAGUUAUUAAGCUUUUUAAUGAGGGUUUAUCAUGACCUGGAUGACUGAGAAUCUACACAGAGACAUUUCAAUAAGCUUUAAUAUGAAAAAUAACGCUUUGGCAUUUAAAAGGAAUCAAUAGUACUAUUUUUUGCAGCAUAGUCACAAGAAUUAAUAAGCUGAAUAACUGCAUCAGAGAGGGAUAUGUUUUGUCUGAGAAUUAUCAGCUACAGAAACGCAAACCAAAAACACUAUUUUCCAAUGAAAUCCUGAGACAUAUGUAAUGACUAUGUGUUUGUUUGUCUCUGCCCGUUUGUGGGUGACAGUCCAAUCAGGUAAGCAGAGAACCGCUGUUGAGCUCUGAAGCUUGUAGGUUAAACUAGGAGCUGGUGUUUGACUUCAAAAUAAAAGACGUUAGUACAAGUACAAAAAUAAGUCCUUUAUUUCUCCCCACGCCAGGGGAAAUUUACAUUGUUACAGCAGCUUAUGUAGCAAUAGACAUAGUAAUAGGAAUAAAAUAAUAUUUACAAUAUAUACAGGGGUGAGAGAUGAGGAUGAAAUAGUACAGUAUUGACACACUGUAAGACAAUGACAAAGACAACCACAUACGGUUUAUGCAUCUAACCAGAACAUGUGCUAAGAUUUAUACAGUAUGAACUAGAUAAUAGAAUAAGCUGUAGGCUGUAGAUGUGUUUGGUAAAUAAUAUUUGGAAUGCAAGAUAUAUGAAAUGUUAUUUAACUACAGGGAUUCCUUACUGAGUUUCCGGUUGAGGCUUUUAUUGUGAAAAGUGAACCAGAACUUCCACGUCUGUAUUGUCGUUAACUUGACAGGUGAGUUAUUUCCACCUGGAGGCAGCGCAGCAUCCCAGAGUGAGUCUCUGGAAAGCGCCACGUUUGGACUGUAAAGCCGCCAACAUGUUCUGUGUCCACAUCAGACGGAUGUUUCUGGCUCUGUGUUUGGCUCCAGCUGCUCUGUCGAGUCUGCACCCUGAAUGCGAAUACAUAUUUCAGCUGGAGAAAGAGGAGCGUCGCUGCCUUCAGUACAUUUCUGAGCAGGGAAACAGAAGCACAGGUUGUCAUCCAUUCUGGGAUGCAGUCACCUGCUGGCCUCAUGCAGUCACCGGAGAAACCGUCCACAGAGCUUGUCCUGCCGUCUUUUCCCUCUUCAAAAACAGCACAGGGUCAGUGAGCAGAAACUGCACCACUGGAGGCUGGUCGAGGCCCUUCCCGCCGUACCACAUCGCCUGCAACGUGGAUGAUGACAUUCCUGAGACAGAACAGUCAUACUUUGCCACAGUAAAGCUGAUAUACACCAUCGGCUACAGCAUCUCUCUAGUGGUUCUGGCUGUUGCUGUGCUGAUCCUGUUGCUCUUCAGAAAACUGCGCUGCGCAAGAAACUUCAUUCACAUCCAGCUGUUUGUUACCUUCAUCCUGAAAUCGGUGGCGGUGUUUAUAAAGGAUGCUACUCUGUUCUCCAGCGAUGACACCAACCACUGCACCCUCUCCACAUUUGCCUGUAAGGUCUCUGUGGUCUUCUGUCACUACUGUGUAAUGGCAAAUUUUUUCUGGCUCCUGGUGGAGGCGCUCUACCUCAGUUCCCUGCUGCUCUCCUCUUUCUAUCACAGCCGCCGAUGCCUCUGGGGCUUCAGCCUGCUGGGAUGGGGUGUCCCUGUGCUCUUUAUAGUCCUGUGGAUUGGAUCCAGAGUGUACUUUGAGGACACAGAAUGUUGGGACAUCAACGAGGACUCGCCCUAUUGGUGGAUCAUCAAAGGACCGAUUGUCGUCUCAAUAGCGGUCAAUUUUAUGCUUUUCAUGAAUAUUAUCAGAAUCCUGAUACAGAAGCUCAAUCCUCGGCUGAUCCAGUUCAAUAACUCCUCUCAGUACAGACGCCUCACUAAGUCCACCCUCCUGCUCAUCCCUUUGUUUGGCACUCACUACAUGUUCUUCAAUUUUCUGCCUGACUACUUCAACAUUAACCUGCGUCUCUGCUUCGAGCUCUGCAUGGGAUCCUUCCAGGGGCUUCUCGUGGCCAUCCUCUACUGCUUUCUCAAUCAAGAGGUGCAGAAAGAAGUCCACAUGCAGUGGUUCCGGUGGCAGGAGAGGAGUUAUGGUGUCGUGUCUCCGGCUGCGAAGGGCAGCCAGAUGGAUACGCCCUUCUAGAAGCCUUCACCAUGUUCCUGAAGGAACUUUGGAAACUUUCACAGAGGAUUUCUUCUGCACACGUCAUCUUCUUUAAUGAGCCGUACAGCAAACACAAUAAGGUUGUCGAACGCGUAAGUCAUCCCAACCUGCAUGACAACGACUGACAUGCUGUUAGCCAGAGUGGAGGAACUGAAGUUAACGCUUCAAAGGAGAAUAACUCUGAGCCUGCUUGACAUUUUACACACACAUCCUACAAGACAGCUCCUGCCAGUUUUCAUAUGCAUUUCCCGAAGGGGCAGCACAUUUUAAAAGAUCAGAUUUCAGAUUUCCUUGGAGUUAUCGGUAAAAUUAAAGAAUGAUAAUUUAGAUGAACUGAAUGAUUACAUGACCAUCAAUUAGCAAAUUAAAUGCAUCGUCAGGUUUUGCUUUUCAACCAACGAAACUACAUAUUAUCGUGUCACAUUUGCAUUUGAAUGCACUCAUUAUGUAGAUGCACAGGCAAGGAAUCUGAUGGUGUUUGUCGCCAGUGCUGUAGUGUAACUGGCUGAACAUGUGACUGUUUCUCAACUGACUCCACCCAAAUGACAAUUAAAAAUGACUAAUUUUUCAUUUCUGUCCUAUUAUUUAUUUGAAAUAUAAUAUUAUGUUUUAGAAUUUAGAGUAUGUGUUGAUAGUUCAGCACAUAGGGAGGUUCAUUGUAGGUAUGUUCAAGCAUUUUCAUGGACUUUUAACUUGUACAGAACCUAUUAGAAUUAUUGUUUAUUUGCUUUUAAGCGUCGAAUGCAGAUUACUGAACCCCACUAUGCUGUAUACUGUGAAGGUUAAAGCCCACUCAGUUUGUAGACAACCAAUAAUAAAGAAAUCUCUGCAUUUCACUGCCAACUGCUCUUUAGCACAGGAGUAGAAAACAAGUCUUAAUCCUAGUGAUAGUUUCAUAUUAUUGUUUAAGUAUAAAUGCUAUUAACGGUACUUGAUGUAACAGUUUCAUCGAGAUUAAAGGCUUCGUAAUGAUGCAGAAUUGUUGUUUAACUCUGGACCAAUAUGUGAAUUCAUUCUUCACCUUAAGCUGAAUGUAUAAACUCUUGCUAGGCAGUUGUUUUAACAUCGCUUGUCCCUGUAGCUGCUUUCAGGCAUUGCCGCUUUAUUUGUGCCUCUUUCUGUGAUGUUUUAGUACCUUGUAAAGUAUCAGGCUCCAGCAAAAUAAAGCAUAAACAUAUUUUCUGUGUGUAAUUAUGGUUCUCUGCAACCUCCUUCACAAAGAAUGAGCUGGCAGCUAUAAACAGUAAUAAAAAUUAAAGUCAUGAAAGUUAUAACAGUAAAAUGUAAUUCAGAUACAAUCUUUAUACAAUAUGUGUUGAUACCAGAAUCAUACAUGAUUACUUCUAAAGUGUUUUGGGGCAGAAACACUGUUUAACUUUAGUGGUGAUGAAGCUCCGUGGAACAGUUUUGUAAAAUAUCUCAUUUGCUUCACAAGGAAAACUUAAUAAAUUCCUUCACAUAGCAGAAAUAUUUAAGAAAUUUGGUAACAGGACCUCAUUUAACGAGAAUGGGCAACGAAGCAUCCUUCAGCAAGGCGCUAGCCAGACUUUCUCUAAUAAAUAAAUGUACCUGCCUUUAACCUGGCGAAGUUUACAAUGGACGUGAUUUUUUAAAAUUCAUCUAUUUAAAUUCCCAUUGCAGGUUAUUAUAUUAAAAGUGGUUACUGGAACAGAAAAUGUGAGCGCUUCCUUCCCAUCUCUGGAGCACAUUAGGGACUGGGUGGAUAAUGUACAGUAUGUCUUGUGAUCUACUGCAAGAUGAACUCAGUGAAAUAAAUGAUCUAAGCUGUGAAUGCCACGUGCUCAGAAUGGUUUAUGAUGAGUCAGUCAGUGGAAGGACCGUGAAGAGAUUCCAGCUCUGAGAUACAAAGAACAAUGGCUUGUGAGUGCUUCUAAGCUUUUAAAGAAGUCUAGUUUUCAAUCAUUGAGUCCAACUAGGGAUGAAAAAGACUUUUUCAUACAAUUUGCACUCAGUUUGCAAAAGGAAAAGUUGCAGAUUUUAGGCCUUGGUUGUCAGAUGUUUGGCAAGAACAUAAAAUUCUGGUUUCUCUCAGCUGACAAAAUGUAGGGGUCCUAUUAGAGGUGCUCCAAAGCAAAAUGACUGAAGAAGUGAUGAAAUCUUUUCCUUUUAUUGCUUUUGAACAAUGAAUUAUGGUCAUUACAAUUUGCUGUUUUUGACAAGAAAUUACAAAAAAAAGACUUUCAAGUCAAAGUGGAAACAGAUUUCUACAAAAUAAUGUCAGUUAAUUAAAAAUCUCAGGUGAAAAAUAAGUGAUUGCUUAAGAAGUACCGUCUUCAAGUCAGUAUUUAGUAUAUUCACCUUGUGCCUCCUUUACGGCACUGAGUCUACGUGGAUGAGUCCAAAUCAGCCUUGCACAACUGGAUGCUGCAAUUUUAUCCCAUUCUUCUUUGCAAAACUGUUCAAGCUCUGUCGGGUUGCACAGGAAUCCUGAACGAACAGCUAUUUUCAAGUUCAGCCGCAUAUUCUAAAUUAGACUGAGGUCUGGGCUCUGACUCGACUACUCCAGAACAUCCACUUUGUUGUCUUGAAACCAUUUCUGUGUCACUUUGGCUGUAUAUUCUGGGUCACUGUCUUGCUAAAAACUAAAUUUCCCCCACGUCAAAGUUCUCUUGCAGACUGCAUCAGACGAUCCUCCAGGAUUUCCUUAUACUUUGCUGCAUUGAUUCAACCCUCCACCUUUAGAUUUAGCAGCAGGCCUGGACAUGAUGAUGCUGCCACCACCAUGCUUCACUGUGGGGACAGUUUGUUUGUGAUGGAGUUCAGUAUUUGGUGUCGCUGCACUCAAAUUAUCUUUUUUUCACUAAUUACAUAACUUUUAGCGCCAACUGUCUGCACCUGUGUUUAAUUAGGUGAAUCAUUUUAAAAUGGGCAAAUAUUAUACAAUCAGUUGUUUAACAUUUUAUAUUUUUAAGUAAUUACUUUGUUAAAAAAAAUGUUGUCAUUUUGACAUGAUAGAGUGUUUUGUUUUGUUUUUGUAAAUGCUUGUCAAAAAAGGCACAUUAUGUUGGCCAGGAUUCAAUGUUGAAAAGAAAUAAUAAUAAAUUUGGGUCCAAUGGGUCUGAAUGUUUUUAUAGGAACCCUA